AGACCUUACAAAUGCACUGAUUGUGAGAAAUCCUUUACCAGUGGCUCAUAUCUUAGAAUACACCAGAAUAUUCACACAGGAGAGAAGCCAUAUACAUGCAGUGAAUGUCACAAAUGCUUUAGCCAGCUGACGUACCUAAGAACCCAUCAGAGAAUUCAUACAGGAGAGAAACCUUAUAAAUGUAGCGUAUGUGAGAAAUUCUUUACAUGUGGAUCAGGUCUUAGAAAGCAUCAGAGAAUUCAUACAGGAGAGAAACCUUACAAAUGUAGUGAAUGUGAGAAAUCCUUUACACAUGGCUCAGAUCAUAGAAUACAUCAGAGAAUUCAUACAGGAGAGAAACCAUACAAAUGCAGUGCUUGUGAGAAAACCUUCACAUGUGGCUCGGGUCUUAGACAACAUAAGAGUACUCAUAGAAGAGAGAAACCUUACAAAUGUAGUGCGUGUGAGAAAUCCUUUAAUUGUGGCUCAGAACUUAGAAUACACCAGAGAAUUCAUACAGGAGAAAAACCUUACAAAUGCAGUGAAUGUGAGAAAUCCUUUACAUGUGGCUCAAAUCUUAGAAGACAUCAAAGAAUUCAUACAGGAGAGAAACCUUAUAAAUGCAGUGUAUGUCAGAAAUCCUUUACAUGUAGCUCAAAUCUUAGAAUGCAUAAAAGAAUUCAUACAGGAGAGAAAUGUUACAAAUGUACUGAAUGUGAGAAAUCCUUUACAUGUGGCUCAUAUCUUAGAAUACAUAAUAGAAUUCAUACAGGACACAAACCUUACCAGUGUAGUACAUGUGAGAAAUCAUUUAUAUUGUCCUCAGAUCUUAGAAAACAUCAGAGAAUUCAUACAGGAGAGAAACCUUACAAAUGUAGCGAAUGUGAGAAAUCUUUUUCAUGUCUCUCAACUCUUAAGAAACAUCAGAGAAGUCAUAUAGGAGAGCAUCCUUUCAAAUGUAGUGAACAUUGCAAAGUCUUCACUCCCUUCUCAGGUCUAAGAAAAUAUCAGAAAAUUUGUACUGGGGAAAAAAGUUUCCAUAGUAAAUAAUGUGGCAUAUACCUUUUCAAAGCUACCACUAGAGAACUCUGCAUUCUUUACACUAGGGUAUCAUUAUGAACAUGAGAAACUUGAGAAAGCCUUUAAGCAAUGUUCAACUCAUAGAAAACAUCAAGAGAUUAUGCUGAGGAAAAAUUCUGAAAAUGUGACAAUGUAGAAAAAUUUUCAUUAAAACAUUUUUUCUUUUCAACCUCAAAUACUACAUACAAGUCCAAAAUGGAGAAGCCUGAAAAAUGUGCUGUAGUGCAGUAGUUCCUUGGAGACUGAAACAUUUUGUGCUGAAGAGAAGCUGAUUAAAUAGGAAGUAGCACCUCUGUAUAACUUCAGGAAUUCCCUGAAACUGAUAGGAUUAGCCAUAUAUAACUCCCAUGAAGAAACUCAGACCAGGCAUGCUGCUUAAAAGAGGCUCUAAUGAAAUGAACCACCAAGAAAAGACACUCUUCAGCCUGUAAAUAUGCCUGCAGGUAUGCUCUGGAAGUCCAGGGUUCAUAAGCUAUAUCCCAUGCUGGGUUGGAGUUUCAUGACUUUUGUAAGCAACUCUUUCCCCACAUUCCUGGUAGUGACCCCAAUAAAAUUUCUUGGCUCAAGAAGAUUGACUUCAGUGGCAUCAUAGUUAUGUCUGUUGUCGGUUCCCAUUUUGGGGUAAGUAGAUGCAUCUCUAUGUUGCAUCUUCCCAGGAAAGUUUUAUUAUACAUAUGCUGAACCCAUUAAUUGUUCCUCCAAACUUGUUUUACACCAGAAAAUUGAAAUUCGAGAGGAAGCUUUUUAAGUGUCAGAUUUGUGCUUCAUUACACCUUAAAAAUUCCACUUUAGGGAACCCGAAGAAAUGCAUUGAAGUUGUGAAACACUCAUACAGUGCUACCGGUGUAGGCUCAUAUGAAAACUGAAAGUUGAGGAAAUAAAAAAUAAACCUAAAGCGCAUAGUUUGCAAACACUUACUGGUGACCACAGAGGUCAGAGGAGUAUUGUUCGAACCCCAGUAGCAAGCUGUUAGGAUCCAUGUGAUGUGGUGCUGACAAACAAAAUCAGGUCCUCUUGAUGAAUAAAGAGUGUUCUUUAUUGAUGAGCCAUCUCUAGCACCACUGAUUUUUUAACACCAAACAAGCCUGAUGACCUGAGUUUGGUCCCCAGAACCCACUUAAACAUGGAAAGAGAAAAUUGACUCCACAAAGUUGUCUUCUGACUUCCAUAUGUUUAUUGUGGCAUGUGUAUUUCUACA